AGUCACUGUACUCAAAACUUAGAGAUCCCGUACAGUGUCACAACACCACGAUUGCCGUGACACUUUAUUCCAUUCGUUUUCUCUUGGUAUACCUCCUGAUCCGCCUUGGCAGCCAACGCAGCGAUGGAGGAGGAUCAGCUCAUUAUGUUUGAUAGCAAUGGCGCUAUCCGCAUGUACGGCCCCGAAAAGUUUGAGGAGCUCGUGAAGGCGGUAGAGGUCGAAAAACGCUAUGUGGAAAAGAUGGAUGAGUUCCUCACCUUGGUGCAGCGCACCAUGGCGAUUGUGCGGAAACUGGGAGACGCCAUUGAGGCGGAAAAGCUGACCGCGAUCGGCUCGCGUAACAUCGUGGAAAGCGAAGCGGAGGAGCGCUUUCGUGCGGUGCAGGAGGCGCAGGUGCGUCUGCGCGAGAAGCAAAUGGAGCUCGACCGCUACGUGGCGGAGUACGAGUCACUGAAGCGCGUAGAGCAGGAACAGCAGACGUUCUUUCAGCAUUUAAGCCAGGCGAAGGAGUAG